UCCGCGCCGCAAAGCAGCACAUCGCGCAGUACGUCGAGAACCAGCCGCGAGAACGAACCAACGGAUCGGAUAUUCGUGGCUCCUAAAUUCGCAAAUAAUAAAAAAAAACAUUUAAUAUCUGAGCAGCUGUUGCCGGUGCAGUAUCAUUGAUUAUAUAAUAAAAGGGUGACAACGAAUCGUCGCGUAUCGUAAUUUAAUUGUAUGCAUUGCGGCGUGAUCGAGGCCGAAUUCAUACAAAAUGCAAAACAACUUUGAGAAAAUCACUGGAGAAACUCCUUGGCGUUUCCUUAUUAAAUUCUUGAUAUCGUUGUAUUGCAAUCAGCAGUUCUUCUAAUAAAAAAUGGUCCAAACAGAAACCAUGACCAGCCGAGAACAACAGUUUUAUCGUGUUUUGGAUAAAGAUUGAUAUACAUAUUUUGAGUUAUCUCUUAAAACGUAUGUCAAAAAAUAUAUUUCAAGGUCGUUCGUAGGCAAAUCUUUCUCCCUUCGCCGCUGAUGAAAAUUGACGAAAAUUCUGGCUACGCUCAUGAUAUUUGCAAUACCAUUCAGUAAAGACAUUUCACACCGGGUCAAUAUUUACUACUCGCAUUGCUUGCGUUCGGCUUAAUGUUCGGGGCAGACAGUUCCAAGAUACUGGUGUUGGUUCCAUUCCCUGCACCGAGUCACUGGCUUUGGUUGAACCACUUUGUUCAGGAGCUCCUGGAACGGGGUCACCAGAUAACGGCCAUCGCGAACUUUCCGGCGAAAUCACCACACGCCAACUACACCGAGAUUCUGAUCGAUCCACCGUAUGACAUACCGCAUUACUUUCCCAUAUCGGAUAUAUUCAACUCAAAAUACAGCAGUGACUGGUCCAACCUGGUGCUGUACUGGAAGGCAGGCCUUGCCACAACACAAUAUGCUCUGGAGAAUACCAAUGUUCAGCAGUUCAUCGAGCAGGACGACACCGACUUCGAUUUGGUCAUAUCGGAGCAAUUCUUCCAGGAGGCGUUCCUUAUGUUUGCCCACAAGUACAGGGCUCCGAUUGUGACGAUUGGAACUCUUGGCUAUGCAGACUAUAUGGAUAGAGCAAUGGGAUUGUUGACCCCGUGGUCUUUCGUUCCACAUCCUAUUUUGCUGUACGUGGAUGAAAUGAGCUUCAGUCAAAGGUGCUAUAAUUUUCUCAUCUCGACAACGGAUGCCCUAAUACGGAAGUACUAUUAUCUCCCGCGACAGGACAAACUGGCCAAAAAGUACUUCGCUUCAAUUGAAGGCUCAGAAUCAUUUCCCUCCGUCGACGAACUAGAGAAGUCCAUCUCGGUGAUGUUGAUCAACAGUCACGUUUCGACUUCUUCCCCACGGCCUUCAAUAUCCGGCCUUGUCAAUGUCGCUGGCGCCCAUAUAAAGCCAGAAAAUCCUCUCCCGCAUGAUAUUCAACGCUUUCUGGACAGUGCCUCGGAGGGCGCCAUUUUUUUCAGCCUAGGUUCAUACGUCAAAAGCUCCGACAUGCCAAAGGACAAACUGAAAGCAUUUUUCGAAGUGUUUCGUAACCUCAAACAGAAAGUGCUGUGGAAGUUCGAAGACGAAACCAUGGUGAAUGUUCCGAGGAACGUUAUGGUCAGAAAAUGGUUACCGCAAAGCGAUAUACUAGCGCACAGGAAUAUCGUACUGUUCAUAACUCAUGGAGGAAUGUUCGGCAGUCAGGAAGGAAUUUACAGAGGAGUUCCGAUGCUAUUUAUUCCAUUCUAUGGAGACCAACAUCGCAACGCGUUGAAAGCAGAGCGAGCAGGAUACGCUUUGACGCUUAAUUUUGCCGAUGUCAAUAUCAUCACUUUGGGCUCACGAAUUAACGAGCUACUCACGAAUCCAGCGUAUACUCGACUGGCUAGGAAGGCGUCUGAACUGUUCCGCGAUAAUCUCGUCCCACCAAUGGACGAAGCCAUGCACUGGAUUGAGUACGUGAUAAGGCACAAGGGUGCCAAGCAUUUGAAGUCCUCCUCGGUGGAUCUGAGCUGGUGGCAAUACUUGAUGUGGGAUGUGAUUGCAUUCUAUGUUGGUGCACUGACACUGACUAUUUGCAUCGCAUGCAAAACCCUGAAAGCGUUUUGCGUUAAGUCGGCUAAACACAAACCAAAAGAAUCGAAGCGAAAUGUUUCGUUGACUAAGCCAAAGAACACCAAAAAACCUAAAAGCAAUUAGAAAAAUAUAAUUCAAUAAUCGUACAAUAA